AUGAGACCGAAUGAGUUAUUAAAAAGUUUUGUAUUUAAAUUUGGAACGUUCGGGGUGCGCGCGCGAGUUUCGGCGGAGCGGGCGCAGUGUGGGUCGGGCGGGCGUCGGGAUCGCCGGUCCUGCUGCGGGGCAGGAGUGUGCGGGCGCGGCGUGUCACGCGAGCGGUCGACGGGACACUGCGUUCACGUGCUCCGCCGCACGGCGACCGCGGGGAAAGCGAUUUUCACGCGGGAAACGCGA